AUGUUUGUUUUGAAAGUAGCAGUAGCAGACGUCAUACCACUGAACAGUGAUAACAUCAAUACAAUACUAAAUUCCAAUGAGUUGGUUAUGGUUAACUUCUAUGCUGAUUGGUGUCGAUUCAGUCAGAUGUUGACUCCGAUCUUUGAAGAGGCGGAGAGGAAAGUUAAAGAGAAACAUCCUGACGAAGGGAAAGUUGUUUUUGCAAAAGUCGAUUGUGAUAGAGAAAGCCAGAUAGCAGGCUUGUAUCAGGUAUCAAAGUACCCGACUCUGAAACUCUUCCAGCAGGGUCAGGUCAUGAAGCGAGAGUACAGGGGUCAAAGGUCGGUUGACGCUUUUGUCAACUUCAUCUCCGACCAGUUGCAGAAUCCAAUCCAAGUGGCCACAGAUCCUGACGAACUGGACAAUCUGGAUUGGCACAAGCCCCAUGUGAUUGGAUACUUUGAUUCAGAAGAUAGUCCUGACUACAAGUUCUUCCAAAAGGUUGCCAGUAUUUUGAGAUCUGAUUGUAACUUCCAUAGCCUAUCCGGACCCUUGAGUGAGAAAGAUAGGAUUGCUGGCAACAAGAUUGUGUUCAGGCCUGCUGUAGAGAAUUACAAUGAGAUGGUCUUUCCUGGAAUGGCCAGUGAUUACAACAUGCUGCUGAAGUGGACAACCGAUAAGUGCGUGCCCCUCGUCAGAGAGAUCACAUUUGAAAAUGCUGAGGAACUGACAGAGGAGGGCCUGCCCUUCAUGAUAUUGUUCCACCACCCUGACGACAUCGACACCCCACAGAGAUUUAGGAAGCACGUCGCUUCGGAGUUACUUCCCGAAAGAAACUUUAUGAACUUCUUGGUGGCUGACGGGUUGAAGUUCACCCACCCCCUCCAUCAUCUGGGCAAAAGUGCCAACGACCUUCCAAUCAUUGCCAUCGACAGCUUUAAACACAUGUACCUCUGGAAUAAAAAUGUCAAGGAGCAUAUGGAAGACAAGGGGGCCCUCCUCACUUUUAUUCAGGACUUGAAGUCUGGCAAACUGCACAGGGAAUUCCACAAUGGUCCUGAUCCUACACAAGCUCCUGAGCUGCCAGUUGCAGGCAGUAACGACGACCCCUCAAGUGAGACAGACUCCUCGUCUCAGGCCCCCUCAGAGCACAUCCCUCACGACCCAACUUCCGUUGAGACCAAGAAACCCGAGCACGUCCCCGGGCAGACAUCACCCCCUGAAUCUCUCUUCAAAAAAUUGGCGCCUUCCAAGAAUAGAUACACCAUACUUAGAGAUGAGCUAUAAUUCAUAACACAUCCAAGCAACUACGUGUCAAUCUAUCUAUCCAUCCCAGUUAAUAUCUGCUAAAUUGACACAUUAAUAAUAUUUUUUAUUAUGCUUUCUAAUUGUACAAAAAAAAUGUUAAAUACUUUGUUGCUGUUGUUUUUAUUUUUGUAGCGCUUAUUUUGUUUGGGUUAUUUUUAUACCAAUAAGUAAAUAAUGAUAAUUGUUAUUUUAAUUAUAGUUAUUAUUAUU